AUGAAUAUUAAAAGAAGCAUAUACCAUUAUUUAAGUUGUUCUUCUUUAUUGAUUCAAAAUCAUUAUCAGCAUAAUAAUACGCUAUUUCCUUGUUUUCAUAGUUUAAGAAAUAAUAAUAAGAUGAGCUACUUAAGGCCGAAUUAUUUUAUAUGUAUACCUAUAAACAAUGAAAAUAUUUGUAAUGAAUUAAUAAACAUACAAAAACAUAUUCUUAUAAAAUAUGAUGAAUUAAAAGAUUGUAUUAUUGAAAGAAAUAAAUUUCAUAUUUCUCUUUUAAUUUUACAUAUUAAAAAGGAUCAAAUAGAACUAUCAAAAGAAGCAUUCAAUGAAGGCAUGGAAAAGAUAAAAAAUAUGAAUAAAGAAAAAAUAUUUUUUGACAAAUUAGAUACAUUUCGUAAUGAUGUUUUAUAUUUAAGUUUAAAAGAAAAUAGUAAUAAAUAUAUUAUAAAUAUGAUAAACCAUUUAAUAGAUUCAUUUUCUAAAAGAGGAAUAAAAAUUAUUUUUAAUAAUAAAAAAAUGACAAAAGAAAAAAUAUCAAAUAAUAAUAAAAACGAAUUAAAUAAAAAUCCAAAUGAUUUACAACAUAUUACACCUCAUUUAACUAUUAUGAAAAAUUCUUAUAUGAAAAAAAUGUAUAUGAAUAAAAAACCUCAAAUAUUUCCUUUUUUCUAUACAGAUUAUGAUUUAACAAAUUUAUUGAAAGAACAAAUGGAUAUACAAAAAAUACAAUUCCUUGAAAUGGAUAUGGAUACCUCAACGUCUUAUUAUAAAAUCUUGUCUGAGUUUAAUAUUUGA